AUGCAUUUCGCUGUUUUGAUCGGUUUGUUUUUGCCACUGGCCGAAGCCAAGUACCACAAUUCAUUUCCGGUUCAUCAAGAGCUCGGUACGUACCAGGAGCAGAUGAAACCCACCAGCAAACACAGCAACCACUGCGCCUAUGUAGUUGAGAAGUUGGUGUCUUUUACCGUCCAGGAUGGGGCAGCGCCAUAUGUAAAGGCUGAAUACAACAAGUGCUCCUGGGCCAAAAAAUGUCCAACUCUCUUGUAUCGCCUGCUCUAUAAGCCGAUGUACAAAGUAGCACAUAAAACAGUGACAGAACUGGAAUGGCGCUGUUGUCCUGGAUUCUCUGGUUAUAACUGCAUGGAAGUGCAACAGAUUUACCAACAUCCAAUGAAAAUGAUGCCACCAUUCAAUGGUCAACAAACAAAAGGUCCACAGUUUAGGGGGCCACAACACCAAGGGCCCAUGUUUAAAGGUCCGAUGUUCAAUGGGCCACCUCUUAAUCCUGCUGUUAAACCCAAACCCUGGAAUCAACCAAAGCAACCUUCAAUCAACAGUUUUAGCCCCUACCCAUUGCCUCACUUUGGUUCAUCAAAGUCCUCCUUUUAUCCUGACACCUCCUUCGAGCCUUAUCCAGCAGAAACUCAGCCAGACCCAGAAUACCAGGAGGAACAUCGUACGGACAAUGACCAAGAACACGAGGAGGAAUAUAGCCAAAGACCAGAGGAUGUUACACCAGGGGAAGUCCCAGCACCAGCACCGCCACCAUCUGGAGAAGAACAUCCAGAGGAGAAGAUUACAGGCCAAGCUCUGGACAGUGAGACAGAGGAAAGGAUUUUUCGAAUAGAGGAAGACAUUCGCCAUGUGAGCCAUGGCCUGGAGACGCUCCGGGGAACAGUGUCGGGACUAGAAGCCUCUCUGAGAGCCUCUCUGAGAGAAGAUGCCAACAGGAUGCUGUCAGCUUUGCUCUCUGCUGCUCCAAGUCCUCUUGUUGCUCCAGCUACAGCAUCUAAUCCACCCACUAUAGGGUUUGUGGAAAUUCCUGCAAGAGAUCCUGAAAUUGAGGGUUCAGAUGACAGCCACGUCUUUACAGCACUGAGUGAAAAGGUAGAAGAGUUGAAGAGAGAGCUGCAGGUCAAAGCAGCAGAGCUGCAGGAGCUCACAGCAACAGUGCAGGGACAUGAUGGAGUCCUGAAGAUUAUUUCAAAUGGAGCCGAACUGCCAACAAACAUCACUGGCAAUUCCAGGGGAGAUGCUGAGAGUUUGAUGGAUGCUAAACUACAGGAAGUCAAGGUGGAAAUUCUUGAUGGGUUUAAGAAACGUGUGGAAAGUGCAGAGGAACGCUGCAAGGAGAAAGUUGGUGAUGAGCGCCGUCAGUGCCAGAGGAAUCCCCGUAAACAGCAAGAGCAGACGAGAGACGCUUUGGAGGAAAGUACCUCAAAGCUAAGAACUGAGAUGGGGAUUAUCCAGUCACAGAUCCAUAGCUUUUCAGGCACAGAGGGCUGCUGCAGUAGCAUUAGUGGACUGGCAGAAAGGGUUCAGCAUCUGGAAACAUCUGUGGCAAGUCUAAACCAGUCUCAGGGGCUCCUGAGAGUGGACCUUAGUGGUCACAGAGACCACAUAGAGGGAAUGCUGGAGGGCCGUCUUGGAUAUGUUGAAGCCAAGCUCAACCUAACUGGGCAGAUUAAAAAUGAUGGUCCUGAAAUGAAGAUAGCUGGUUCCUAUGAUGGUGUAACGGGCAUGGAUCUGGAGUCAAGAAUGGAGGGUAAGCUUAGAGACCUAGAGGGGCGCUUACUGACAGCUUUGGAGGAGCUUAGUAACGCCACUGCCCCUGCACUGCUGGAAGGCCAUGCUGUUCCAACCCUGGAGACGGAGCUGGAGUCCCUACGAGGGAGACUCGAACUAGAUGUGGACAGAGUACAAAAACAUCUCAACGACCUGGAGCUUCUCUGCUCCACUUCUUGUUCCUCGUCAAAGACGUCUGCCACUCAGGGAGACUCUGCUGAGCCAAGUGAAAACCAAAAACUCCAGCAGAACGUAAAGCAGGUAUUAGACCUACAGGAUGACCGUUUGACCAGUCUGAACUUUACACUGCAGAAGAUCUUAGAGAACAUGGCCCUCAUGGAGAGGCAGAUAGAAGCAGAAAGUGUUCCUCCCUUUCAGGCAGAGUUAACAGUACUUAAGUUCAAUGUUCGUUCUGUCAAUCACACCCUAAUGAGUCUCCAAGACUCCCUGGGCACAGUGGUCCAUCAGGUGGGAGAAGCCAACAGCUCCUGGCAUGAAAGGGAGGUUCGCCUAGCCAAGCAAAUGAAGGGAGUGGUCCAGCUGGUGGGACAUCAGGCUUCAAUGCUUGGAGCCAGCGAGCGCAGACUGACCAGACUUAAAGGUGAGCUGCUGGAGAUGAAGAGGCGCCUUGCUGAGGAGGUCAGAGGAUGCCAGAGCACAGCCAUGGUGGUCAAACAGGAGGUAACAGAGGUUGGAGGCCUUGUUGCCAGUGUGGAGGAUCAAUGUAAAGGCCUAAAUGACCUCGCAGAUGACCUGGAGAGAAUAAGGGAGGAGCUGGAGAAACAGUCCAACACUCUUCUUCUGCAAGUUAAUGGGACUCUCUCCAGCCAUGCUCAGCAGCUGUAUGAGCUUAAAGACGAGCUAAGAAACUGCACCUCAAGGGCAGAGCCGACGAAGAGUCUGGAGAUGGCUACACCGGCGAAACGAGGGGACACUUUCACUCAGAAAUAGGCCAGUUUGUAGGGAGAGCUGAUUUUUAAGUGGUAAAUAUGUUUUUCAGCUGAAACCUUUAAACCUGCACUGAAAUCGAAGGGUUUUGCCAUAUUAUGACAAACAGCAUAAAGACAGAAGGCAGCUAACUGUGAUGUGAUGGAAAUGAUAAAAUAUUGAGAUUGAUUCAUUAAGUUGCUAUGACAAAUUAUUUUUUUGUAAACAAUUAUUUAGUGUGACUGAAUGAAGAAUGAAAUGUGAAUUUUGUUGAGUGUAAGGCUAACCAUGUUUCUAUGUUUUUAUACUGUAUUUUCUGAUGCCUAGGAAAUGAAUAUGCAAGAUUUUAUUGUUUUUAUUGUGUAAAUGUUCUUUUCUCAGUCAUGUGUGGUUUAAUUUCAAUGGUCAUUACUUUUCUCCAAUAAAAAAAGUCUCUGGAGGAUUUCUGUUCCUUUAAAUC